CCCAGGUAUAAAAACGUGUGUGCGUACUUUUCCGGCAUCACACGAUUCGGUGUCUUGUAGCCGCGUAUAGUCGAACACCAUGGAGCUGAGGACAGGGUGGGUGCUCCUGGCGAUGCUGUGGGCUGUGAGCGCGAGACCCCAGCGGGAGAGUACUGAGGGAACACCAGGAGAGGUUCCAGGGGCUCCUCCAUCAGAGGGUAUCAAUGCGUUGAUCAUUCGCACCUCAGCUCGCCUGAUGUGCGCGGGCAAGGAGGUUCCAGACUGCGAAAAUCUAGCGACGACUUGCUUGACGGAAUACGGAUUGGGUUCUGACGCUGAUGUCGACUUUGAAACGGCUUGCCAAGGGAAGAACCAGUUAUUAUGCUACACCAAGAUCUCCGAGUGCAUUGAACUUCUCUCAGUGGCGCCUUCAGCUGGACAGAUACUAGUCUCCGAGGUGUGUGCGGGCAAGGACGCAACAGACUGCAUACAGGAAACAGUACAGUGCAUGUCCCUGCUGUAUCCAGGGGCAGACGGAAGCAACGCGUGUCCUCCGACGGGUUCUUCCCCAACUGAAAGCGCGCCUGACCCCACAUGCACGGCAAACGUUCUAAAAUGUAUUGAGCUUCUGCUGCCGGAGGAAGAGCCCGUGGCAGCAACGCCUCCUACUCCCAAAACUACCGAAGUCGCGCCUUCGUCUGCGACCUCUCCAACUCCGGCCGAAGAACUGGCGACGCUGACCCAAACUUUGAUAGUCAUAACGACGUGUCAGUCAAGUGCCCUCCCGAACUGCCAGUCCCAAUUGGAACAAUGUUUGCCCUUGUUUGGCCUCGGUUCCAACUCAAGCGCGAGCUCUUCGGUUUUGGACGUGAUCUGCGGGGGCACAGUGACCUCGGAAUGCCUUCAGACAGUGGAGACCUGCUCUGACAUAGCAUCUCAGGGUGCUGGUCCGACUGGAGAUCUUCCCGAAGUUCUGUGCGCCCGCCUGAGUGUGCCAAACUGCCUCUUUAAGACUGUCAAGUGUCUCGGUAUGUCGAUUGCUGAACCGGAUUUUAGCCUCUGUGCUGACAAUAGUACCUGCGAUGCCGAACUGACUGAGUGCGCACAACACUUCAAGAACGCUGUGAGUGCUUUAACUCCUGAGGAUUCACAGGGCUCCGUGUCAGGGGAGUCACAGAGCACCGUACCAGAGGAACCACAGAGCUCCGUGUCAGGCGUGUCACAGAGCACCGUGCCAGAGGAAUCACAGAGCACCGUGUCAGAGGAAUCACAGAAUACCUUCCCAGGAGAGACUGAGAAUGAAGCAGCGAUCACGGACCCUAUCGGCUUCAUCGCUGAGGUUACCAACAAUAUCUUAGUACUCCAGAUGUGCGCCGGCAAGGAGAAGGAACUGACCAAUUGCCAUGCAGAUGUAGCCGAGUGCAUGUUUGGGCUCCAGAUCCCUCCUCCUGGAUUUGGUCCGCCGGUGGAUAAUGAGACGAUAUGCGAGGCGGAUCUUGACGCAGAAACCUGUACCAAGAAGCAGAACUGCCUCGUUUUAUAUUCUCCGAAGCGUAAUUCUGUGGACCUUCUGCCUCAAGAAAUCUGCCGCGGGCGCAACGUCUCGAACUGCGAGGACAGAGCCGUGUUGUGUCUCGAGAUAUCCGGGAUUUCGGCUUUGAGCAAGUCUCUGGUCGACCUUCUAGACCAGCUUCCGGAGGAGCCUCAAGCGUCCUCGCAGGCACCGGCGCUGGAACCUGCCGUGUCCUCUGAGGCGACCUUUCCCGAAACACCUACAGGAACGGGUGAAGCUGCUCCGACUUCCGCCCCGGAUGCGAUACCUGAGGGUUUUGACCCAACAACAUGUCUGAAAAUCUUAUCGCCUCGACCCAUACUGAGAAAAGAAUCAACGACGACCACGGAGGAACCAGGAUCAUCGUCAGCCUCGAGAGACCCAGCAUCCACAACUACAAGUCCACCAGCAUCCACAACUAAAAAUCCGCCAGCAUCCACAACCACAAGUUCACCAGCAUCCACAACCACAAAUCCACCAGCAUCUACAACCACAAAACAACCAGGAUUAUCAUCACCCUCGAGAAAACCAGCAUCCGCAACCACGAGACAACCAGGAUCAUUACUACUUUCGAGAGAACCAGCAUCCACAACCACAAAUCCACCAGCAUCCUCAACCAGGAGAGAACCACCAUCACCCUCGAGAGACCCAGCCACACCAAAACCCACAAGGGAAUCCGCACAGACUCGUUUUCCUGAUGUGGAUGAGGAAGAGGAGGAGACGCCAGGGGCCGAGAUCCUGUGUCCCAAGGGCGGGCUGGCGUGCAUCAGAAAAGCCGAGGCGUGCCUUGAGAGGCUCAAACCAGACGGCUACUUUAUCCGGCAGUUAUUCAGUUGCAAUGCAGAAGUUGGUCGUAGAAUGAAGAACUGCAUGAGACCGGCCAUGGAAAGGCUCUUGGAAAAAGUCGACGACCGGAGGCUUCAGACCACCAUGCUUGAAGCCUUUCCUAUCUGCUUCGAAGAAAAUGACUUUCCGGGAAUCCGACUGUGCGAAGCGAGAACGUGCAUGGAAGUCGAAACACCAUAAGAUGAGGAGCUUCGUGGGUUCAGAAACCGCUUCAUGUCUGCAAUCGAUCAGUUUCCUUCAGUUUCGGAAUGAGAGAGAGAGAGAGAGAGAGAGAGAGAGAGAGAGAGAGAAAGAGAAAGAGGAAAAAGAGAGAGAGAGAGAGAGAGAGAGAGAGAGAGAGAAAUAGAGAAAAUAAAUUGUAAAUGUGUAAUAGAAAUGUCCCCAAGACUGU